AAGUCUUGCCACCAUUAUCCCCUUUCAAUAAAUGGGUCUCAACCGAGGCUGUCAGAAUCGUGAUUCGAAUCGUAAAAUCGUACGAUUCUACGAUUCGGAGGGGGUAUAUGAUUCCGAUUCAAUGGGCUAAGUCGGUUUUUGUAAAAUCGCUGGUGAAUCGUGGCGUAAAUCGCGGAAUCGGGCCGAUUCUGCGAUUCCGGAUUCAACCCAGACUCGGGCGAAGCCCAGCCCAGAGUCUCUUCCAUCUUAUUGAUACAUCUAACUCGUUAAAAUGUCAUAAAUAUUUCCUGUUACAUAUAAAGAUUCUAAAUACAGAUUUAUUUAUGUAGGCCAAAGAGACUUGUUUCGAAAUAGAACCGUCUUUUCUGCAACCUAAAGAGACAUGGAUUUUGUUGCACUGGCCACCAUUUCUGAGUUCCUUCUCAUGUUGGUCUUUCUCCAAGCAGGAGCAGGAGCAGGGUCAGAUCAAGGGAUCGGGUUCACUUUCAACGGUUUCCGAUCGGUUAAGUUGGAGCUGGAUGGGUUUGCAGAAUUCACCAACAAUGGCCUCCUCAGGCUGACAAACGAAACAAGGGAGAUGAUGGCCCAUGCUUUUUAUCCCGACCCAGUGCCCUUCAAGAACUCAAGUGAGGGCUCUGUCUUCUCCUUCUCCACCACGUUCGUGUUUGCAAUCAUCUCCAAAAACCGAGCUGUAGGUGGACCGGGGAUUGCCUUCGUGGCCGCCCCCCAAAGGGGCCUUCCCGGCGCAUUUCCAAACAUGUACCUUGGACUCUUUAAUAAGACAAAUUACGGGGACCUCACUAAUCACGUAUUUGCCAUUGAGCUUGACGCGGUGCACAGCGCUGAUGUUAAGGACAUCGAUGAUAAUCAUCUCGGGAUUGACAUCAACGGGCCGGUCUCUGCCGUAUCUGCUUCGGCAGGGUACUAUCCUGAUGGUGGUGCUGGAAAAUUUGAGAACCUGACUCUGGUCAGCGGCCGACCUAUGCAAGUCUGGGUGGACUAUGAUGGGAUCAAGAAAAGAAUCGAGGUAACUUUAGCACCCUUCAAGGCUGUGAAACCAAGCACUCCACUCCUCUCCCUGUCGCUUGAUCUCUCGACAAUCGUCAAGGAGACCAUGUUUGUUGGGUUCUCAUCCUCGACAGGUUCAUACUCAACCUCCCAGAGUUACAUUCUCGGCUGGAGUUUCCAGAUGAAUGGACAGGUACAGGGGCUUGAGCUGUCAAAGCUUCCUAACCUUCCCCGACUAGGAAAGAAGCCAACUUCUAAGCUGCUAACAAUCGGAGUGCCUGCAAUAUGCUUAUUUUCUGUCUCAGUGUUAAUAUUGGGAUUGUUCUAUUACGUUAGAAGAAAGAUGAAGUAUGCAGAGGUUCUCGAAGACUGGGAGUUUGGUUAUGGGCCUCAUCGGUUCAAGUACAAGGAUCUCUAUAUCGCCACGAGGGGAUUCCAGGACAAGGAGCUGUUGGGGACUGGUGGUUUUGGGGGUGUCUACAGAGGGAUACUACCCACUUCAAAGCUUGAGAUCGCUGUGAAGAGGAUCUCUCAUAAUUCAAAGCAAGGGAUACGGGAAUUUGUGGCGGAGAUCGUUAGCAUAGGCCGGCUCCGGCACCGCAACCUAGUCAAACUCCUUGGGUACUGCCGGAGGAAGGGCGAGCUCCUUUUGGUGUACGAUUAUAUGCCGAAUGGGAGCCUCGACAAGUACCUCUUCAACCAACCCAAAGUCACCCUCAAUUGGACCCAAAGGUUUAGGGUCAUAAGGGGUGUGGCCUCAGGGCUCUUGUACCUCCAUGAAGGGUGGGACCAGAUUGUGAUUCACCGAGAUAUUAAGUCGAGUAACGUCCUUCUCGAUGCCGAAUUGAAUGGGAGAUUAGGAGAUUUCGGGCUUGCAAGGCUGUAUGACCACGGCACCUAUCCACAGACCACCCACGUGGCGGGGACUUUCGGGUACCUUGCUCCAGAGCAUACCAGGACAGGCAGGGCCACGAAGGCUACAGAUGUCUUUGCAUUCGGGGCUUUCCUGCUUGAGGUGGCAACUGGAAGGAGGCCGAUCGGGACACGAGGAACUGAGGAUCUGAUAUUGGUUGACUGGGUCUUCUACUGCUGGAGCAAAGGAGGAGAGAUUCUUGAGGCAAGGGACCCAAACCUGAGUGAAGAGUUCGUGGCCGAGGAAGUUGAGCUGGUGCUGAAGCUGGGCCUGGUGUGCUCGCACCCAGAGCCUGGGGCGAGGCCAACUAUGCGGCAAGUAGUGCAAUACUUGGAAGGAGACGCGCCAAUACAGCACUUAUCCUCCUCCCUUGACACCUAUUCGAGUGGAUUAAGGAUCAAACUUGGAGAGGGAUUUGAUGAUUUUGCUAUGCCGCACCCUUCCUCAAUGGACAAUGGAUUCUCGACUUCGUCCACUGUGGCAGACUCACUUCUGUCAGGUGGAAGAUGAUUAAUAUAUCUCCCACUGCGGUUUCGCGUUGGAAUUGUCUGUACUAAAUGCUUCCUGUGUGCCACUCUGAAAUUCACAGGGUUUUACUAUGUGUCAUGUAUCAUAGGAUAGUUUCUCUUUGGAAUCUAUGUAUUAUACCUUGGAACCACCAAGUUGGUAGCCCAAUGGAACGGGCUUUGUCUUCCAAAGGGAAGGUCUAGGGGUCGAACUUCAACUUAAACACGAAAGCGCUUGUGUUAA